CUGCCCUGCAGCCGAUCCCAGUCAGCCGCAAGCCCGGCGCGCUCCGUCAACGCUCGCUGCGCUAGCGGAGCCCGGCGCCCUCCCCGGGGGACAUGCGCGGCGCGCCCCGGCAGCGCCCCUUGCCGCGCACCUAGCCCGAGGGAGCGGUCGGAGUCGGGGUCUCCGCUGCGGCCGCCCUGCCCGCUGCCCCCAUGGCUCAGCCCCUGGUGCUGCUGUGUUGCUGCGCUGCGCUCGUGGCUGCGGGCAGGGGCGCCCCCCCGACUGCGACCCCCGCCCGGCCCGGCCCGGCCCGCACCUCGCAGCCGGAGGGGGUCCCAGAGGAGGAGCCCCUGCAAAACGAGGCGGACAACCAGGAGAACAUCUUAUCUCAGUUGCUAGGUGACUAUGACAAGGUGAAAGCAGUGUCUGAAGGCUCCAACUGUCAGUGUAAGUGUCUGGUCAGACCUCUGGGCCGAGGCGCCUGCCAAAGGAUUAAUGAAGGCACUUCCAAAGCAGAGGAUUUUUACACCGUAGAAACCAUCUCUUCAGGGCCUGAUUGCAAGUGUGCCUGCGUGGCUCCACCUUCUGCUCUGAACCCUUGUGAGGGGGACUUCAGGUUGAAGAAGUUGCGGGAAGCAGAGAGCAGUGACUUAAAGCUAUCCUCAAUCAUAGAGAUGCUAGAAAGUGCUUUCUAUGGCUUAGACCUUCUAAAGUUACACUCAGUCACAACAAAAUUGGUGGGCCGAGUGGAGAAACUAGAGGAGGAAGUGUCCAGAAACCUCACCAGAGAGAACAAGCCAUUCACAGGGAACAUGGAUGCAAUUUGGAGUGAGCCAAACACAAGGGACAAGGAAAACUGUUCCAGCAGUAUCUCUAACAGCCUCCCGGACAUCCAGAGCUCCCUGCAGAGGGAUGCUGCAGCUGCGUACACCCACACUGAGGAAAAAUACGAAGAAAGAUUCCUGCAAGAUGAGAUGGUUUCUCAGCAAAUCAACUCUGUCGAGUCCCUGCAGCAGCUGCUUCCCGCUCCAGAGGCAAUGAAACCAAAACAGCCCUUGCAGAGGAAGAUGCAUGUGCGGAGCCGGCUUCCUUCCAAGCCCACCAUCAUUCGAGGCAUCACCUAUUACAAGGCCAAGUUCACGGAGUCAGAAAAUGACCUAGAGGAACAGGAUGAGUCUUUCAGCGGCGAUCACACGGUCGAUUUGUUGAUUGAAGAUCAGCUGUUGAGGCACACCAGCCAUGAGCGGAGCAGCACCACGAGGACACCAGCUCCAGCGGAAGGGCCUCUGACACUCCGAAACAUCGCCCCCACCAUGGAGUACAUCUCACAAGCUGCCCUUGCCAUUGCUGGGUCCCCAGUAGCAGAAACUGCCACCAGGUCUCCACCAUUGUCCUCUGCUGCCCCAUCCCUCUCCAAUGAGCUGACAUCAGCACUUACCCCUACAGCUCCCACCACCAUUGUAGACCAGCUCCCAGCCACGCUGGAGACCACCACUGCACCUGGAGCCAUCACCACAGGUGCGUCAGUAGAUGAGCCAGCCACAUGGACACCAGCAACUGUGACCCAGACAGGUACACAGGCACCCACAACUGCAUCAAUCCUACCCACAGCCAACCUCCACAAAGCUACAAUUGCUAUGGCAGCCACCACAGUCCACAUCUCGACAACAACUGGGACAACUCCGAUGCCAGCCAGCCCUACACUUCCUGCCACGCCCAGACAGAACCUCGACGAGGAAGAUCUGAGAAGCAUCAUUGGACGCUGCAAAGAUACGCUCUCCACCAUCUCAGGCCCCACCACCCAGAACACCUAUGGGCGGAAUGAAGGUGCUUGGAUGAAGGAUCCACUAGCCAAAGAUGAGCGGAUCUAUGUCACAAACUACUACUAUGGAAACACGCUGGUGGAAUUCCGAAACCUGGAGAACUUCAAACAAGGGCGUUGGAGCAACUCCUACAAACUCCCCUACAGCUGGAUCGGGACAGGACAUGCUGUCUACAAUGGCUCCCUCUACUACAACCGGGCCUUCACACGCAACAUCAUUAAAUAUGACCUGAAGCAGAGGUAUGUAGCUGCCUGGGCCAUGCUGCAUGAUGUGGCCUAUGAGGAGGUGACACCAUGGCAGUGGCAGGGCCACUCCGAUGUGGACUUUGCUGUGGACGAGAACGGCCUGUGGGUCAUUUACCCGGCCAUCAACUACGAAGGCUUCAGCCAGGAGGUCAUUGUCCUGAGUAAGCUCAAUGCCGCUGACUUGAGCACCCAGAAGGAGACCACGUGGCGGACAGGCCUGCGCCGGAACUUCUACGGGAACUGCUUCGUCAUCUGCGGUGUGCUCUAUGCUGUGGACAGCUACAACCAUAAGAACGCCAACAUCUCGUAUGCCUUUGACACCCACACCAACACGCAGAUCAUCCCGCGGCUGCUCUUCGAGAACGAGUAUUCCUACAUCACUCAGAUAGACUAUAACCCCAAGGACCGCCUGCUCUAUGCCUGGGACAAUGGGCACCAGGUCACAUACCACGUGAUCUUUGCUUACUGAAACCCUGGCCACAGGACACUGAAAGGGCCACCAGCACCUUUUAUUAUUAUUUUGUACAAAUCCAAGAGGAAAUGCUGUUUUUAAAGUGGAUUGUAGAUCAGUCCACAGGCCAGAAUCAAACCCUUUAUUUUUGGUGUAACCUUCCUUCUCUUUUAUACUGACACUGCUGCCUCCCACGCCGAGCGGGAAGGAUGGGCAGGGUAUUGCUUCAUGAGUCCAUCUGCAGUGGGGUGGCUGCUGGGCAUUAUCAAGGCAAAGGGACAAUACAAAUACAGGUAGUUGCUUUUUUGCUAACCAAUAAAUAAUAAAAAAGCAAUCAAAGCAGACUUCUUGCUCAGCAAAAACGUCUAGCAUGCAGUGGUGGCGAGGCCUGUCCUUUCAGGGGGUGCUCAGUUUGUUCUGUCUGCACUGAGUCAGGUUUAUGACAGUCCCACUUGCCUGCGAACAGCCACACGUGUUAAUUCGACGUCAUUUGAAAGCUGGGGCAUCAGUUUUUUGCUCUGCAGCCUCCUUCGUGUGAAUGGCAUCCUGGGAGCUGGCGGUGCUGUUAUUUGCCUUUGCUGCCAUAAGCUGUUGCUGUAGCUCUGCCCCUUGCUCAUAUGAAGUGCCCACACAUGCAGACCAGAGCUGCCUUGGCACAAGCUCUCACAUGUCUGUCCUGCUAUGGAGAGCGCCUACAUGACCAGAUGCUGCCAUGCUGGGAGCCACGCUGGCAGCUACCCUGCCAGAAAUGGGUGGGAUGCCCUGUCAUUUUGUAAAGAAACGUAGCUGAUUCUGUCACCCAGACGAGACCCCCCACAAUAUUUGCUUUUACUUGUACCUCCCUGGGCAGUGGCUCAGCUUUGCCAUUUGGUCACAUUUUCCUGGAGAUGCUCAGUGUGGUUGUCUGCCUGCACUUCCAGGGAGUGCCGUGUAUGUGAGAGCCUGGCCUGAGAGCAGCACAGCCCCACAGCUCUCAUGGCUGCUUUAUGGAGACCUGCACUAAUGCUCCAUCCUAGCAGAGUAGCUUGGGCCUCAGGUUUGCUCCUGGCCUGCGGUUCCCUAUUUAUAUGGCCCAUCCCCCCACCCCCUACUGCUGCCACUCAGCUUUUGUGGCACAUUUACAGCCUGUCAAACGCGCUCACAGCUCUGCCAGCAGCUUGUUGUAUUUAUACACAUCCAGUAAUAAACAUUCUUGUACCUUU